AUGUCAGCCGCUAGCUUGUGCUGAUUAGCUGGGGUGGGGGUACAGCAUUCGGUGGGAGGAACUCUUUACGAUGGAUGAUGAAGAUUUGGACCAAUUGCUGGAUGAAGUCGAGAAAAAGUUUUGUCGCAACGUUUCAAUUGCGUCCUCAGCGGCUCGCACCAACUCAAAUGUGGUUGGAAAACACGAGAAAGACAAAGACGGACAGAAAAAGCACGGUGCCACAAAACCUAAAGGGUCAGUGAACAGUGUCACUGAGGAUAUUGACGCCCUGCUGGAGGAAUUACAGGAGGAAGACUGCAGUCAUUUCCCGCAGCCAAAGGCUGAGCAGUUUCCUAAAGGACCACAUGUGGAAAAGACGCUUCCAUCUCAGUCGGGAGGAAGAAAGUGCUGUCCUGUUUUUAUUGGCGGGAGCUCUGUCGCAAAUGGUGUCGGAACAGCCGCAUCCAAGAGAUCAUGUGACCAGCUGAGGUGUAUAUCCUGCGACUUUCGGGUGCUGAUGUUUGAUGACUGUGAGUGGGAUUCAAGCUGUGAUUACCUGUUCCUCAGGAACAACAUGCCGGAACGUCAGAAGCUCAGAACCAAGCUGAAGAAGAGGAGAGGCUUGCGGGCGUACGCCUGCCAGUGCAGCUGGAUCUCCACGUUAGAGCCGACAGACCUCAGGGACCAACCUCAGCUCAGAUGGAGCGCUUCUGCUUGCAAUCAAAGGCAACUGUGGGAGUUCUCAACAAUGAGGCCAAAACCUGAUAUAAACUUGCAAAACCAGGUGAUGCUGCAGAUUCAGCUCAUAAUUCUCUGUGGUAUAAUUUCCAAAGUGACUUUAUAAAUGUUGGAUGUUAAUAUUUGAUUCUGAUAGGCCACAGCAGAUCCUGGGAUUUUAGUGAGUAAUAAUUCUGACAUUAUAUCUGCUGUUAAUCUUUAUAGUUAAUUAAAUUAUGGCAUCACUGUUUUUUCACCAGCAAUGCAUUUUACAAACUGUAAAGACGACACUUGUCACCUCCUCCUCUCAGCUGUGAGUAGCUGCAUGUAAACUGACUUUAGAGGCGCUCUGUUGGACAGACAGUGUAAUGGCACCAUUUCCAAAUCACCCCAUGGGUCUUUUUAUGCAUUAUGUUGUCUAUAAAAAAACUGCAAAGAAAAAGAAAAGUUUGCAUGUUGAUAAAUGUCUGGAAACAUUUCCUGAUGCCUGUUUGUCUUUCUGAAGCCAGCAUCUGGCUCCACACCAGUGUAUUUGCUGUAAUAAGCAAAUGCAUAUUACAAGCUAUUCAGUAAUAGCAAUGUGUAAAAAGUGGGGUUAAGUAUUAAAAACUUUUUAAAUAUUAAAAAAAUGCUGUGUGAAUAUGUGUGCACUCAAAGCGCUUUGACUGGAAAAGUGGUAAAACUGUUAGAAAAGGUUAUUUAAAUCAAGAAGAGUAAGUCAGACAAACAUCUUACCCUGUAAGUUAAGACAAACGUAAAGUCAUUCUAUCUUUAAGAUCUGAUUGUGAUUAGUUUUGUAUUGCGUCAAACGUAUGUGUUGCUUAGAUGUUUUCUUAUAACAUGCAAGAGAGUUUCUGCUCUAUUCUUUUACCUGCAGCGUUGGUGGUGUUAAUCCAUGUGAGAGCAAGAAAAUAUGACAGAUUUUAUGUAAGGUCAAUAAAUAUAAUAGUUGA